ACACAUAUUCAUUACUUUUGUCUCCGACUUUGCACAUUGUUUAAGCUUCCCAACACCCUUAUUCUUUUAACCUCUUCUUGUUUAUUUUAUUACAUGCACAUCUUCACAAACCACGUUUACACCCCCGCAUUUGCGUUGUAGAAGAAUGCCCAGAUGGAUUUGAGCUCCUUCUUGACGUCCUUGGCGACGUCGUUCAUCAUUUUUCUACUUCUCAUGCUGGUGUUUUCUUGGUUGUCAAAGAAACCUGGGAAUAAUGUGGUUUAUUAUCCUAACCGGAUCUUGAAGGGGCUGGAUCCGUAUGAUGCAGGCUACAAGACCCGGAACCCGUUUACCUGGAUCCAGGAAGCUUUUUCGUCUACUGAAAAAGAUGUUAUUUGUAUUUCUGGAGUUGAUUCUGCUGUCUACUUUGUCUUUUUGGCUACUGCAUUGGGGAUAUUGGUCUUUGCUGGCCUUAUACUACUACCUCUGCUUCUCCCGCUGGCUGUUACAGAUCACGGUAAAAGCAACAAGACUACCAGCAAUGGGACUUUUACCGACCUUGACAAAUUAUCUAUGGGAAACAUCAAAGAAAAAAGUAAUCGGUUAUGGGGAUUUGUCUUUGCUGUCUAUUGGUUUUCAUUUGUAACAUAUUACUUAUUAUGGAAGGCAUACAGUCAUGUAUCUGAUUUGAGAGCUGCGGCACUUAAGUCUCCUGAAGUGAAAGCUGAGCAAUUUGCUGUUCUAGUUAGAGACAUACCUGCUCCUCCUGCAGGUCAGACUAGAAAGGAGCAAGUUGACUCAUAUUUUAAAGCACUUUAUCUCGAUACAUUUUACAGAUCAAUGGUGGUUACAGACAACGAGAAGGUCGACGAGAUAUGGCAGGAGUUGGAAGGGUACAAAAAGAAGCUUGCACAUGCUGAAGCUGUAUAUGCGGAGUCUAAAGAAAAAGGCAAGCCUGAGGGAACGAGGCCAAAGAACAGAACUGGUUUCCUUGGUCUCAUUGGUGCUAAGGUAGAUACAAUAGACUACUGUACUAAAAAAAUUGAUGAGCUUAUACCCAAAUUAGAAGCUGAACAGAAAGUGGUUCUAAGAGAGAAACAGCAAGCUUCAGCUCUUGUUUUCUUCAAAAGCAGGCUAAGUGCAGCAUCUGCAGCUCAGAACCUACAUGCCCGUAUGGUUGACACAUGGACUGUUGUAAAUGCUCCUGAACCCCGUCAAGUUAUAUGGAGUAAUCUUCCAAAACAGUUCUAUAGUAGGCAGAUGAGGCAGUAUGUGGUUUAUUUCAUUGUCUUUCUGACUAUAGCUUUCUACAUGAUUCCAAUUGGACUAGUUUCUGCAUUUACCACUCUAGCAAACCUGAAAAAAAUAAUCCCAUUUAUAAAGCCAGUGGUGAAGCAGGAUGCACUUAGAACGGUGUUAGAAGCCUACCUUCCUCAGCUAGCGCUUAUUAUUUUUCUAUCUAUGCUGCCAAAAUUGCUAUUAUUUUUAUCCAAGGCUGAGGGCAUUCCUUCAGAAAGCCAUGCUGUGAGGGCCGCCUCUGGGAAAUAUUUUUAUUUCUCUGUGUUGAAUGUAUUUAUUGGUGUUACACUGGGUGGAACUCUUUUCAGUACAUUCAAAACCAUCCAGAAAAGUCCAGACGAUAUUAUUCCUCUGCUAGCGAAAAGCCUUCCUGGAAAUGCAACGUUCUUCUUGACUUUUGUGGCUCUCAAGUUCUUUGUCGGCUAUGGGCUUGAGCUCUCCAGAUUAGUUCCUUUAAUCAUAUUUCACCUAAAGAGGAAGUAUUUAUGUAAAACUGAGGCCGAAUUGAAGGAAGCUUGGACUCCUGGUGACCUUAAUUAUGCCACUAGAAUCCCUGGUGAUCUGCUCAUUCUUACAAUCGUCUUCUGCUAUAGUGUGAUUGCUCCUAUUAUAAUUCUAUUCGGGGUGAUAUACUUUGGCGUGGGUUGGCUCGUUCUUCGGAAUCAGGUACUAAAAGUCUUUGUUCCCUCGUAUGAAAGCUACGGACAGAUGUGGCCUCACAUACAUACUCGCAUUGUUGCAGCCUUGAUCCUGUUCCAACUCACCAUGUUUGGUUACUUUGGAGUGAACAAGUUCUAUUACACGCCAAUUCUAAUACCGCUACCAAUCUUUUCCUUCAUUUUUGCAUAUGUUUGCUCCAAGAAAUUAUAUAGAUCAUUCCACGACACAGCACUGGAGGUUGCUCGGGAAGAUCUGAAGGAAGAACCUGACAUGGAAUUCGUAUUCAAAUCAUUCAUUCCGCCCCCUUUGGCUGCAGAGAAGCCAGAUGAUGAUCAGUUUGAAGAUGCUUUGUCACAAAUUUCCAGGAGUGCUUCCUUAGCUUGAUGAACAUAAUAAUAAAGAUUAUAGUGGUUUGUAGUUUGCGCAUGGCUAACAGUACAGAGCACAUUUACAAGUGUAUAGUUUCUUAAGCGUACAUGUAUUUGCUUUACUUUCAUUAUAUUUGUUCAUUACAUUAGAUGGGAGGCCCUAAUACUUUCAAGUUGUGAUACAAAAUUUGCUAUGUAUUUGUCAUUCUCGA